CAUGAGUGGUAACAAGUCUCCUUAAUAUCUGUCUUCAGUACUAAAAUGGGAUAAUCUGAAGAAGCAGCUUACUCAAGUAUCAUACCCGGUGCCAAUCAGAUCAUGCAUUUUAGAAGGCGCUCUUGAUUCCAGAACUGGUACAUUGUCUGAUGUGCAUUUUAACAUAACCUACUGGGUAUAGCCAAUUCAAGGUGGAUUAUAAGUAAGAGGAACUCACAAAAUAAAGAGGUAUGAACUCUUGAGACAACAACAUGAGGGAAUGUGUGCUUUUCUACUUCUUGGCUCUAUGUUCGGCCAAGCCAUUCAUAUUACCUCCAAAGUAUAUGGCAAUGACUGACCUCAUUCUAAAUGAUAUGGAAGACGACAAUGAUGAUGAUGAUGAGAAGGAUGACGACGACAAUAACUCGCUAUUCCCAUUUAAAAGGAAUACACCAAUACGACCAACGCCACCUCCGUUUGACAUAUUUCCCACUUGCCCGUUUGGAUGUCAAUGCUACCUGAGAGUAGUUCAGUGCUCCGACCUUGGUCUGACUGCCAUACCUAAUAAAAUCCCUUAUGACACUCGGCUCCUCGAUCUCCAGAAUAACAAAAUAAAGGAGGUCAAAGAAAAGGACCUUCAGGGUCUUUCAUCGCUUUACGCUUUGUUUCUGAACAACAAUAAAGUACACAAGGUCCACCCCAAAGCCUUCCAGUCGAUGAAGAAGUUACGAAGAUUAUACUUUUCACAUAACCAACUGACAGAGAUUCCAUCCAACCUUCCCACAUCCUUGGCAGAGCUCAGAAUCCAUGACAACAAAGUUAAGAAAGUACAAAAGGGCGCUUUUAAAGGCAUGGAGUCUUUACAUGUCUUAGAAAUGAGUGCAAAUCCUCUCGAAAAUGACGGCAUUGAGCCUGGCGCAUUUGAUGGGUUGACCGUGUACCACGUCAGGAUUGCAGAAGCCAAACUGACAUCUAUUCCAAAAGGUUUACCAUCCUCAAUAUAUGAGCUCCAUCUUGACCACAACAAAAUUUCAGCUGUUGAACUGGAGGAUUUACUACGCUACCAAGAGCUUAAGCGAUUGGGCUUAGGGCACAACAAAAUAAAGGAGGUUGAAAAUGGGAGCCUUUCAAACAUACCAAAUAUAAGGGAAAUUCACCUGGAGAACAACAAACUGAAGAAGGUUCCUCCCGGUCUGCAGGACCUAAAAUACUUGCAGGUCAUAUUUCUCCACUCUAACAAUAUCGCAAAGGUUGAGGUGAAUGAUUUCUGCUCUACUACACCCAAGCUGAAGAAAUCUCUGUACAGCGGCAUCAGUCUAUUUGGAAACCCCGUGAAAUACUGGGAAGUUCAACCAGCGACGUUCCGCUGCACUCUGGGGAGGAAUAGUAUACAUCUUGGGAACUUUAGAAAGUAACAGCACAUCAGUUAUUGUACAAUGGUGUCAGUCCUGGUGAAUAAUACAUCCAUCUCUUGAGGUGCAAAUAGUGGCGAGGACUGGACCAUUCUCUUGCACCACAAAUAUUACGCUUGACAAUGAAUUGGCAUAGUGAGGCAAGGUGUUUACAAAAAUAUUUGCAUGAUUUUCCUGCGUAUGUAUUUUUAAAAUACUUGAAAACGGAGUAUAAAGAAACGAGUCUGUCUCUAAUUGUUGUAUCCAACAUCUGCACUUAAUGGCCAGAUCCACGUGGGUCAGUAGAGGUUGUCUGCUCGCCCUUUCAGUUUUGGUGCUAUAAAAGUGGUGCCAAGAAGGUGUAGGUGAUGUCUGUAUGGGAUCCUUUAUACUUUCCCAGUUUAUAAUAAUAUCCAGUUAGGUGUUUUUCUAUAUAAAAAAAAAGUUAACGCAAAUUAAAAUAAGCUGAAUCAUUUUAAGGGAGAAAUGUCAUUUGCACAAAUAUGACUAUAUAGUAAAAAUAAGAUAACGUGUAUUGAUGUCAAUGAAUGUUAUAGCAGGUAGCCCAUUCAAGUAUACAAAGAAGUUGGUAUACUUUUAAAUAUAUUUCACAAACAAAACAAAAAAAAUGCAGGACUAACAGCUUUAUCAAGGAUUUGAAAAACUGGUAACUUGAUUCCAUGAGAUUUACUUCAAAUGUAAAAGUUUAACUUGAUAAGCAGUCUAUCGCAAAAGCAUUAACGGAGAAUCCUGCAACUGCUCGACGUUACUACUCAGCGCAUUCAGACAUGAAAGGAAAAGGAAAAACAAAAGGAUGAGUUACUGUAUAUUUGUUCUUCCUGCACGUACUAAAUUAAGUGACACAAAUAUUAAGCCUUUGAAUAAUAAAAUGUUUUGAAACAUGA